AUUGACAUUGACAGCGAUGCGCGAUGCCGAUGGCCCGGCAGUAAUAUUUUUUGGUUAAAAAAUGUUUGCUAACAAACAGUUAUUAUAAAAUAGGAUAAAUCCUUUAUUUUCGAACAAAAAAACAUUUAACAAAAACCUAUCAAAAUGUACCGUACAGACAAGCAAUUUAUGAAGAACCCGGCCACCGCGGCUAUGCGAAUUUACAUAGGCAAUAUUCCCAAGGCAGUUAUUGCAGAUGAUUUGGAAGCAAAGUUUUCCAAGCAUGGUAAAAUUUUGGGGCUUGUUAUCAAUACCGGUUUCGCUUUCAUCCAAUAUGAGAAAGAGUCCGAGGCGAACGAGGCUAUCAAUCAUGAAAAUGGCGCCAAUAUGAUGGGUAGGAAAAUUGUAGUUCGACAAGCCCUUUCCGGUGCUUCAAAGGAGGCUAUUGCACAUAAAGGAGGUCCACCAGGUGGUCCUCACAGAGCUCACAGCCAACAGGAAACAGACCAGAAAAUUAAAUUUGAAAGACCUCAAGUGGAGACACCUGAAGAAGAAAUGGACCCUGGCCCUAACAUCAGACCGCCACAACCAAUAGAGGAUAGAGGACGAAGAGGUGGGCGUGGUGGCAAUAGAGGUGGAAGAGGUGGUGGUAGAAACCGGUCUAUUGACAGGUUUGAACCUCCAAAUGAUAUGAGGGCAAUGCACCAACCUUUUUCUGAACGCGGAGGCCCUGGUGGAUAUUAUGAUGAUUUUGCUCCCCCACAGCAUAUUCCAGCAGAAGUGGUACCACCAUCAGAUAGAAACGACUGUGAAAUCAUCGUAGUUUCUCGAGCUUUGACGGAGUAUGCAGAAUUCAUUGAAUCUAGACUGAAAGCCAUGGGCCUUAUAGUGGAUCUAUUAUUCCCAAAUGAAGACGUACCUAUUGGUAAAGUGCUGGCUAAUAUCUCAAGUAGAGGUUGCCUGUAUGCCAUUUUGGUUAUGCCUCAAAACGAGGAGCAUCGCAGUUUAACUUUAAAUGUUUUGCAUGGGAUUCCACAAGAACACAGAAAUAUGCCAAUAGACGACGCAUUACUUCUGGUACAAAGAAAUUUCGAAGCAUAUAUGAGAGGAGAAAAGGCACCAGAGGAUCCCAAUAAAAUGACUUUGGCAGAUAGACAUCCUGCGCCAAUUCAGAUGCUUUUUAACCUGCUGGCCGAAAACCGUAUGCUCACGACGCCCCAGUAUGACCGUCUGUUCAAAUACCUCCAAGAACGUCGAGAUUUACAACGGGAACACGAAAUCUCGGAGGGUCUCACUGAGGACGCGGACGACGGCUCGCGAGAUAAGUCCAAUGAGUUGCAAAAUAGAAUUUUAAAUAUUUUAAACAAGACGAACGAUCCUAUAAUACCCACCUCUAUCACAGCUCCCGAGCCUGCACCUCCAGAACCUAGCACUCCUCUUUUAAAAGAUCCUUCAGUCCAGAAAGCCCUUGAUAGUAUUUUAUCCGGGGAUAUGUUUAAAAAUAUCGCUGGAGGAAUUUAAUAAUUAAUUGUGAUUCUUUUCUUCUGGCGAUUAGUUAUAUUGCAUUUUUUUAGAAAAUUUGAUGGACAUUGUAAAAAUCAAAAAGUAAGUUAAGAUAUUUAUGCUUGUAGAUUUUAAAUGUGUUUUAAAGUUUUAUGCACUUGUGCAUUAUCAUAUCUAGGAGAUUAUACAAAACUGCCAAUGGUGUUUUAAUAUCAUAUUAUUAAAAUAGAUCCUGCUUGAUUUUCAAUUUCGGAACUUUCUAGAUCUGGUAAUGCCCCAAAAAAAACUUAUUUUCAAUGAUUAUUUGACAUGCAUUUUGAAAUUAAUGAGCUAUAUAAUAUUGUCGUCAAAACGAAUGAAAAUGGUCAAGUAUUCUUUAAAGAAAUGUGGUGUUUAUUGUGGCAAAACACGUCUCUAGUGCAAAUAUAUAAUUUGAAACAACUUUGUCAUUUUAUAACGUUGAUAAUUUUAUAAGUUUCUUACUUUGUCGUUCAUCUUAGCGCUUAUCAACUUAAAGAUAGAUAAAUCUCGUAAGACUCUAGUUUUAAGACACAAACGAUGGUUUGAUUUAUAUGUUUAGUUGUAUAAGGUCAUAUAAUGGUGUAUAAUAAAUUUUUGUUCUUAACGUA